GGUUACCAAGAAAUAAUCCGUAUUGAGAUAACUGCGAAAAAAAAAACCCUGGUAGGUGAAGAAGUUCUUGAGACCAUAAAGGCCGGUACUUAGGUAGACUACCAGUCACCUUUGUAGCUUCUUACCUUCUACAAUGCUUCGGAAGGAGAAGGGGACACCCACCGUAAAUCAGCCGAGGUAUAGGGAUUCGGCAACGUCAUGAAAUCGGUCAUCGUUCCCCAGUCUCAAGCGAUCCAAACAUCCUCACUCCUUUCGAUCAUUUAUUCCGGUUGUAAUUCGUAUACCGCUCCUUUUGACACCCCCUUUCAAUUCUUUCCUCAUUUGCCUCCCUUUCUUUUCACCUCCCUAUAGCUUUCAGAUCCAUCGCAUAUUCACACUCCUUCGCGUCCCGAGUGUGAAAGGACACCCGUAUCUCAUUAUGUCUUUAUCGAAGGUCGAGGAUCCGAAGAAGGUCGCUGCGGCUGCAGCUGCACAGCAGAGCGACAACAUAGCCCAUGCGCUGGCGGGCGCUGGAGGUGGGAUACUGUCCAUGGUUUUAACAUAUCCGCUCAUUACGCUUUCGACCCGAGCGCAAGUCGAAUCGAAGCGUGCACAGUCUUCCACCAUUAAUGCGAUUCGCCGUAUCGUGCAAAGGGAGGGAAUAAUCGGACUUUAUUCUGGUCUUGAGUCGGCGUUGUUUGGUAUCAGUGUCACUAACUUUGUGUAUUACUACUGGUUCGAAUGGACUCGGUCGGCGUUCGAGAAAGCUGCCGAGAAAGCGGGUCGCUCCAAGAAACUGUCGACAAUCGAAUCAAUGGUUGCUGGUGCGAUUGCGGGGAGUGCUACUGUCCUGCUCACCAACCCAAUCUGGGUUAUCAACACCAGGAUGACCGCACGCAAAUCCGCAGAGGAGAGUCCAUCGCUACCCGGUGGCCCUAAGAAGCAGUCGGCCUCUACGUUUGGCACACUCAUGGAGCUGCUCCAGAAAGAAGGCCCAGCUGCCCUUUUCUCCGGUGUUUUGCCUGCACUUAUCCUGGUGAUUAACCCUAUUCUGCAGUAUACAAUCUUCGAGCAGUUGAAAAACAUAGUGGAGCGCCGCCGCCGUAUGACACCAAAGGAUGCCUUUUAUCUCGGCGCAUUGGGCAAAAUCCUGGCCACCUCAAUCACAUACCCUUAUAUCACAGUGAAGAGCCAAAUGCACAUUGCCAGCAAGGACGGACCCAAGGAAAGUUUGAACGGGAGCCUGAAAAGAAUAAUCAACGAAGAGGGUUAUACCGGAUUAUACAAAGGAAUUGGACCUAAGGUCACCCAAAGUGCAAUCACCGCUGCAUUCUUAUUUGCAUUUAAGGAUGUUCUAUACGAUUCAAUGGUGACCCUUAGGAGAAGUCGUGCUGCCAAAUAGAUAAGAUCAUUAUAGGUAGUGAAAUGGCCCAAUAGGUCAUUGGGGUUGCCAGACUUUCAACGGCCAACUAAACCCCACUGCGGAGCAGUUGUGGAAUGAGUUUUUACCCCAUGCUUCCAAAAGGAUGAAAUUUUUCAUUAAAUUCUAGACCUACCGGUCUAUCUAACAAUGGGGCGUUCUUUUUUGUACAACCUCUAUUCAGUCAGAAGUUUCCUGGUGUCCAAUGCGAGCUGUGUAUAAAACAAUACCUCGGUACUUUUACUGGGAACGACCAUCACUAUGAUAUCUACCUUAAUAAUAGGAUGGUUCUUUUAUGUAUAUAAUUGUCUAUGUAUGAUUCUCUCUUGCCUUUGUAAUCUCGGGAAAUAACAUAUAGCAUACCCUGGUCCAGCUUCCACUCUUUUAUUUUAAAUUUU